AAUGCUAUCAUUCAAGAAACAAAUAUGGGAUCUAGCUUCGAAGUGUCUGAAAGAGAAUUUUUACAGGAUGGUGAUGAUCUGGAUGAACUAGCUAACAUACUGUCAACACCCAACCUUCAAGCCGUGAGUCCAAUACUAUCGAGAUCGAUCAAAAUCAAAAAUACAUUAAAGAAUAAACUAAAAACUUUUUAUAAUAAAUUCAAAAAGAAAAUCACUCAAGUAAAUGAAACACAAAGCACGAAAUCUAAUGCUAAGGAAUUAUUGCAAUAUGAUAUCUCACCCUCAGAUAAGUAUUCCGACCCAGAAGAAGAAAUUAAUGAAUUAAUAUUUGAGAUUUCGGGCCAACUAUCUAUUGCCAGAAAUAUUAGACAAGAAAUGAACCCUUCACAAACUUCAAAAAAUAAUCAG